AUGCCUCCUACUGUUAGAUGCUCAUUUUUUCGUGUGGUGUUUGUUGCCCUUCUCCUUGUUGCCCUCCUCCAGCUGCUUUACCUAUCCCUUCUUUCUAACCUGCAUGGACAGCAGCAGCGAUUUGCUUACCCAGCACCAGCAGGCACUCCUCAUGCGGAGUCACAAUGGAAAAGGGAACAUAAGAUGCACCUUAAGACUGUCCUGGCUAGUGGUGGCAUUCUAGAUGCUAGUGGACAAUACAGAAUCUACCGUAAUUUUGUGGCACUUGAAGAGGGUCAUUGGGGAAACACGGAUGUAAUCUUGGCAUCUCAUACAAGCUUAAGCAACUUGGGGCAUUUAGAAGAGCUAGUAAAGCGGUGGGAUGGUAGGAUUUCACUGUCACUCUUUGCCGCAAAUGCUGCACAAGCAAAGCUAGCUACUGUUCUUGCAGAUACCCUUGCUCAGCUAUGUCCAACUAUAAGGCAGAAAGUAACCUUCCACCUAGUAUGCCAGUCUGGUGAUAUGGCAACGUUUCCAGAGUUGGAAGAGCAUGUAGAAUUUGCACGUCUACAGACAUGUCAGUCUGUCUUUGCAAAGGUAGCAGCCGUGGGUACUAAUGUGAUAAAUUAUGCUGGCAAUACUUCUUACCCUAAUAACUUACUGAGAAAUGUUGCCAGGGCAGGUAUACCAAGGGGUAUAUUUACCCUUGUAGUGGACAUUGAUAUGGUACCCAGUGAAGGCCUGAGGUCAAGUUUUUUGGAUCUUGCGGCUCGUGGAGUUGAUGGACGCAUGGUAUUUGUUGUGCCUGCCUUUGAGAUUCGUCAUACUCGCCGUCUACCUGGCACUAAAGAGGAACUGUUGCGACUCUACCAGGUUGGAGAAGUACGUGCAUUUUAUGAGGAACUGUGUCCACGAUGCCAGGCACCUACCAAUUAUUCUCGCUGGCUAAAUUUAAAGGAAAAGCAGGGCACUGCCAAGCUGGAAGUUGCAUAUAUUGUGGAAUGGAAAGACCCCUGGGAGCCAUUUUACAUUGGAGGUGAUGAAGUACCAGCCUAUGAUGAAAGAUUCAAGCAGUAUGGCUUUAACAGGAUCAGCCAGGUAAGGAUAGUUAUUAUACAGAUUACAAACAGUGUAGGCUAAGUGUAUUACUCUAAAUAUAACCUUAUGGGGUAAAGGGUUUAUUGUUAUCAAGGGUGAAUAAGAGAGGGGUUCUACAGGGAACACCAGAGAGAAGAAACAUUGCAUAGAAGAUCUUCUGGUUGAGGGGAGGGCCAUUAUGUUUGCAUAUCACUCAAUCAUCUCUCUUUUCCUUUCAAUGUAGGCCUGUGAACUGAACAUAGCUGGUUUCUCCUUUGCAGUAUUGGACUCGGCCUUUUUGCUUCAUAAAGGCCAUAAGCUACCAGGAGACUUUCACAGCCAGAAGGAAGUGGAGAACAAGAGGAACCGCCAGCUAUAUAGAGGUUUCAAGGAAGAGCUAAAGAAUAAAUAUUCAGAUUCUCCUCGGCGAUGCUGA